AUGCUCGCCACGCCCCGCAUCAAGCUCACGCCCGUUGCGCCCACCUUGGGCAACCCGGACCAGGUGCGCUCCGAGGAGACGACCAUCAUCCUGCGCAAGAACGCGUGGGAUUGGGGGGACACGGAUGGGUACACCAUCGUCGUGGCGUCCGCGACGCCCGGCUCGGCGCGCGACAAGAUGGAGGUGCUGAACGAGGUCGGCACGCACCUGUACGACAUCAAGAACCGCAUCAGCGUGCACCGCACGAUGCAGGGCAAGCGCGACCAGCACGAGUUCUUCGAGGUGCAGAACGAGAAGACGCAGAAGGUCACGACAGACCACGAGUCUGUCAUGACGGGCUGGUGGAAGGACACGUCGGGCACGCGCCGCUUCGCGAUCAAGGGCAACUGGUACAAGGGCGAGGCGGUUGUCUGGCUCUCCGAGUCGAACCACCCGAUCGGCACCAUCCUCACGGCCGACUCGCAGGAGGGGUACCAGCGCGUCGGCGGCGAGACCAAGGGCGAGGAGGACUACCAGGUGCGCGUUGCGCCCGGCGUCGACCUGCAGGUGUUUGCCGGCAUCUGCAUCGCGGCGGAGACGAUCCUCGCCAAGGCAGCUAAAUAG